AUGGGUGCAAGCCCCUCUGGCACACGCUUGGGCGCCGAACCUUCCGACACAAGAUGUUCUCCUGAUGCUGUUUUGGUCUCCAUUGAGGUCGUGAAUGGAAGCACCCUUACGCUGCAGCGGUCACAUACGCGACCCGAGCAUUGUGCAGCAUCGCUCCCUGCCAGUUUGGAAUCCCAUGCUGUUCUGCGAUUUCCAGUCGCUGAUGAGGUGUUCAUCAGCUAUGUUGCCGUGGCACCUGGGAAUGGGGCCGAUGUCGCAGAAUCCAAGCAGCACUUCAGUCUCUACGCCACCGUGGAGAACGGAGGUCCCCUGGGCCUCUGUCAGUUGCACUUGGCCGCCAGCCUUUGUGACACGCCCCGCGGGCCCCAAGAGUUGAGACCCCAGGUGGCCCGCAACGGUCGCCUGGGGUCCAGCUCUUGGCGCGGCCGGCUGAACCCCCGCAGCUGUCAGCUGACCCUGACGGCCGAGACGGCCGAGACGGCCUCCACGGCCUCCGAGGGCUGCGCGCGGCAGCAGUUUCUGGAUGCCUUGGAGGUGCGGAAGGAGGUGGACGGGACCGUUCUGGCUGGCUGCGUUGUAACAGGGCAGCGUACUGUGGCGACCAGGGAAAGCGGCACCGGUGCUACACCGGUCAAAGAAGACGUGGAUGCAAUGCAGGUCGAGGCUCAAGAUUUGCCCGAUCCUUCGCCCUCGUCGACCAAACUUCCGGCGCAGGACGGCACCCAUGCAGGCGCGGGCGCGGGCCCUACACGCCGCACGCGCAGUGGCGCGGUAGCCAUGGAAGCGCAGAGAGCGCUGAAGGCGCAGAGGGAAAAGUUGGAACGAGAACGGAGGGAGGAAGAAAUGGAGCGAGAGAUGAAGGCAAACUGCACGGCCCUCAUUGCCUUGCAAGAUAGCGAGUAUCAUAGGAGUUUGCUUCAUGAUCAGCUCCAAGACCUCCGAAAGGAGCAGCAAACCAGCGAAGCGUCCAGAGAAGCACUGGAGGUCGAUUUGGAGAAGGCGGUGAGGCAGCAAAAUCAUGAAGCCACCGAGGCGCAGGAGGCCGAAGACACGCUGCGGCGGCGCCUGGUGGAGCUGACCCAGCGACUGGUGGAGCUGAAGGAGAGCUGUCGAAACACCAACGGUACUGGAAGGUACUGGAAAAAAAUUAUGGCUGUUUGA